AUGAUUGGGUUAUCAGACCUAUUCCAACUGCUCAAAAUCCAACUUAUGAAACGCCAAUUCAGCCACGUGUACAUGCUUUAUGGCACGGCAGGCGUUGGAAAGACCGCUCUUGCAAUCCAAAUUUACGAAGAUGCAGAAAUUCAGAGCAAAUAUGAGUGUCGUGCGUGGGCUGCCAUAGGCAGAGUACCUCAACCGCUCACUCAAAUUGAACGAGGCAUUCUAGCUCAACUCUGUGGAAUAACUCCCACUGAAGGAGAUGAAGAAAUUAGUGAUCACUACUUGGAAGAAAGUCUCAAAGUCGCCUAUGGUGCUGCUGUCCAAGCUGCGAUUUUGAGCGGCGAGGGUGGCGGGAGGGUUCAAGACCUAUUGCUUCUCGACGCCACUCCUCUCUCUCUUGGUGUGAAAACUGCUGGAGGCAUCAUGAAGAUUUUGAUCCCAAGGAACACCUCCAUUCCAACAAGGAAGGAACAGGUUUUCUCGACUCACUCGAUGAACCAGCGUGGAAUGUUGAUUCAGGAGUACGAAGGUGAGAGAACGAGGACGAGGGAAAACAACUUGCUUGGGAAGUUCACAAUCUCCGGGAUCCCUCCUGCUCCGAGGGGGGUUCCUCAGAUCGCUGUCAGGUUCGACAUCGAUGCCAGUGGGAUCUUAAAUGUCUCUGCUGAGGACAAGAGUACUGGCCAGAAGACCAAGAUCACCAUCACCAAGAGUAGGUUCUCCAGACCACAAGAAGAAGGUCGAGGCUAA